AGAAAUUUAAAGACUUUGAAGUUUUGUCUGGUUGGACUAAACUUUCAAUUAUUAAACCUCAAAAAAAAUCUAAUUCUUAUCGAAUUGUUGAAAUUGAUGCGACUUUAUUUCUCGAAGUUUCAACACAGAAACCAGAAAUCACAUUCUUAACAGAUCUUAACAACUUUAAUCUUGUCAAAAACUAUACGUGGUAUUGUCAUAAAAACAAAAAUGAUAAUACAUAUUAUAUUUGGACAAAUGACAAAAAUCAAAAUUAUAAACAUUUACAACUUCAUCGAAUGAUUUGUCCUGAAUGGAAAAUGAUCGAUCAUGUGAAUCGAUGUGGACUUGAUAAUCAUGAAUCUAAUCUUAGAGAAACAACACAUCAAGAAAAUAUGUUAAAUC